UUUAUUUUCGUCAUCACGUGACCAUGCGGCAGAUGUCAGUUCCGAGCGUAAUUUCACUGAGGCCAUGAAUUAAUUAUAUGAUCCAUAAUUCCAGAAAUCACUUCAACAUGGAAGCAAACUUAUUUCUUCAUCUGAUAAGUUACAUUCUACUAAUCUUUGCAUUGGGAAAUGUCAAAGCUUCAAGUACGACAGAUUCGUUCAUCGAUAAACCUGAUGAAGAAGUGUACAGAGACGAAGGCAGUGAUGUCACAUUAGAGUGGCACUUUCACGUCGGAUCCUGUUCCAGUUCAUCUACAUUCAGGGAAUUUCUUUUUGGUGUUUGGGAUGAUUCUGGCUUUGUGAAAAACAAGAUCCUGGCUGUCCAAGAAAACAACGUGGUAUCUAAAGGAAGCGGAUUUGAAAGAAAGGUGGAUUGGAGCGGGAAUAUUUACGACUGUGUGAAUUGUACAGCAAUAGUCAAAAUGUACAACUUGACGGAUGCGGACUUCAAGAAGUAUGGCGUAAAGGUGCAACUAGGUUUCAAAAGGAGCCCUCUUACAAAUUGGCUGAGACUUGUAAAAUUUGGUAAGUUAUAA